AUGAAAUUUUUAGUUCAAAUAUUUAAAAUUACUAACUUAAAUUAUAUAACAAAACUGGAUAGCUCAAUUUUAAUCUGUUCACGUAAAAGGUCUGGGAAGGGUUUGAGUGAUAUGCUGUUGUAUGGCCAUGGUUACGUGAAGUCACAGUUAAUAGAAUACAUGGUUUGGAACUCAUUAGCUCAUCGUCGCGUAUGUAUUGUAUUUCCCCCCGCACAACCAAUAGCAAUGUUUAAAUUGAGCAUUUGUUCAAGUCAUACGGAUGGAUAACUCAACCACAAACUUGUUGUUGGUUAUUUGAGCGAAAAUACAAUACACACGUGACGAGAUAGGACCAAAUUCUUGCAUAUUAAAGCUGGACAAUAACAUAGUUAAUGAGUUAUAUUGUACUUUCAUCGAGUCUCCAAACCAUCUAUUAAAAUAACUGUGGUGCCGUACUGUAGCAAAGAACUAAGGUUAUUUGUACUUGAUAGAUAUAGAUAUAUUGUGGGGUCCGCUUGGAAAACUCUGACAAGUAGAAAGCAUGCUCAUUAUAUUUUUAUUUCAGUUGUAAUGUAAAUUUAAUAUCUUGUUAUGUUAAAAAUAACUAAAAUCACUAAACACGAUAAAAUAGCCCUCAAAUUGCGGAACAUUUUAAAAAUUUUCCCAGGGGAGCACAUGCCGGCACUCUCCUAUUUAUAAUUAUUUUCAAUAUGAACAAAAGAAACUCGUUUAGCGCGAAGAAUUCGAUAGUGGAAAACCAGUUUAAAAGAGCUUGCUUGGUCUUGGAUAACAUUUGCUUCUCAAUCGUUAAGACGAGACAAGGACAGACGAUUCUCAGCAGGUGUUAUAUAAAGGUAUGAAAGAAAUGUUCUGCCAUGUACUGAUGUAGUUUUUUGAAUCAGUUUUUUUCGAGUUUUUUUUGGUGUAAUGCGAUAAACUAUUCCUUGUCGUCUACGCAGGUAGUAUGCUCCUGUUUAGUAAAUUGCAUUCAAAUGAAUUCGAAUCACUUCAUGGUGAGAAAUUAAUAAUCUCAGCGCAGCGCUUUACCAGAAGAUUCGCGGGUAUUCCGCUAGCUUCGUAUAGUCAAAGGCACAAAGCGUAGUUUCGUUAAAUCAGACAGCAUGCAUGGGUUCUAUUCUGCUUGCAACAUUCAGGUUUACGCACGAUAUACGCGAUAAAUUAAGAACCGCAUGCGUUGAUUCGAUAUAUUGGCAUGGGAAAAACUAACAUAAAGUUGAUUCAAGCACGAUUUUCGCCGUAUUCAACUUACUGGGCGGACGCUAUACGCAUUCAGCUAUGAAGACAAUUAACGGCAUGCAGAGGGAAUCGAGAUCUAUUGAAUUCCAUAUUAAACCUACGAGAUACUUAAGUAGGCAAUCAAUGCAAGAAACGACUUCAUUCUUUUAUAGUAAAUUAUUUUCAAUUUCAACUACAUUUCGCGCGAACAAACUCGCAAAGCUAGAAAGCUGGUGUCACGGCGGAUACAGGACACUCUAGCUUCACUAGCAGAUUGUGUCUCCCCGGACAGUAUGCGCUGGCGGAUUCUGUCCCCCUCGCAAACUAUGCGAUUACGUUCAUAGACGUUUCACGACAGUUUUAUGGAUAACGUUUUUUAAAGUUUUAAUCUUGGAAUGCUUGUAACUAAAGCCAAUUCUGUUCACAACAGAGGCAUUUUAAUUUAUUCAAUCCUUUUGUUAUUGCAUUAAUCCUACUGUUACUGAAAGUAAAUUCAAAGAAUGUCUUGGAAGUUUAAUUAGCUAGGCCAUAUACAAUCUACACGCUUCAAAAGACUAAAAUAUCAGUUGCGUAUAUUAAUAUAGACAUAGUUCAACAAGCUGAUGUUGAAAAUGGUCUUUUUUGCUAAAAACAUGAACGUUUAUUAGUGUGAUUUGUUUAAAUGGUAUACAUAUAAUGACUUGCAUGACUCGGCAAAGUUCAAGGCAUCAAUAUAUGGUUGAGUGAUGCGGCCAGAUGAUAGCAUUGGUGCAUGACUGCUCACCCAUGGCGAGUGUUUGUAAAUCCAAUAGAGGUUGAUGCCAUGCUAAUUAAAGGCACAACGGUUCAAUGAUUCACAAUAGACUGACUGACUGAUGCCUUGAUUAUGCAGACAAAAAGUUCCGUUGCCAUAAAGUAUUUUAAUUGAACACAAAACGAUAGACACUCCGUACAUGUAACUAUAGUCUAUAGACACUCCCUAUUUUUUUUCUUUUUAGAAACAUAGUGAUAUCGAAGGAACUAGAAUGAGUUUCGAAAUAUCACGUACUCGAACCGCCUUGAUCUUGUAGCUCAAGUUGGUAGAGCAUUGGACUAGACACCAAUGGUCACGGGUUCGAUUCCCACCGCGGGUCAAGCAAACUUUUCAGCUUGCCCAGUGUGGAUACUCAAGCCCCGUUUACACUACGCUCAAUUUUUGGUACGGCACGGAUAAAAUUGGUACCCGUACCACUUUUUUGGUUCUUGGACUACCUAUUUAGCUAAGCCCCGUUUACACUACGCUCAAUUUUUGGUACCGUACCACUUUUUGGUUCUUGGACUACCUAAAUAGGUAGUCCAAGAACAAAAAAAGUGGUACGGGUACCAAUUUUAUCCGUGCCGUACCAAAAAUUGAGCGUAGUGUAAACGGGGCUUCAGAGACCACAUCACAAACAUACUCCAUACGUAAUUUGUUAACAUUUUCAUUCCAAUUCUUGAUCAAUAUUUGUUCAAUAUCGUGUGCACAGAUUUAAUCUUUUCAUGGUAAUAAACAUCAGCGUUUUAGCUGUUGUUGAAUGAAGCAAAAAUGACUACAUACGAAUCGAUUAAAAAUUUCAUAUUCUUCCACCUUUGUGCUUAAUUUAAAGCCACUCAUAACAAAAGAAGAAGCACUUAAAUUAUAAUCAAUAAUGUGUCUCACCAAAUGGUAAGCUUCAAACAAAAGAGACUUUAAUUUUUGUCAACAAGUUUUAAUUUUAUCCCAAUGUCAUAGGGGUUUUCUAAAUUAAAAUUGACGAAUUUUGGAUCCAAAUGGGAUUUAUUUUCAUCUGGCAAUAAAUGGGAAAUGCGAAUUAGAUCGCGACAAGUUUAUUCGACUCGUAUUUGGCCAUUUUCCUUUAUUGAUACUGAUACAAAUAAGGUAUCACUAGAGAGUUAAAAUCCUGAAUUUUGUUGCUGUGUAAAAAUGUUAUCGAUAAGCUCAAUAUCUCACUCACUUCACUAUAAGUAUCAUCUAGUGGCAAAGGCACAUGACCUCUAGAGGGGGGGAGGGGGGGUUGGAUGGGCAUGCUACCUCAGCAAAUUGUGAAACGUGAUUAUAUGCACUUUUCAUGGGGGAAGAUUAUAUUAGAAUUGCAAAGAUUUAAAAUGGACAUUUGCAUUAUAGACUAAAUUUUGAUAUAGACAAAAAUUUCAUCAUAGCUUGAAAGAGCAUCGCAAAAUUAGUAAUAUUCCAAAGUUUCGUUGCGAAAUGUUGUAAAAUGCGGAUAAUAUAGCCAUGCGAAGUUUGCCGUUUUUCAGUCAUUUUGUAUUACGCGCACGGGAAAUUGCCAGCCCAAUCGGGUGUUGGGGCAUCAAUUUCUCGUGCGUAAUACAAAAUGACUGAAAAACGGCAAACUUCGCAUGGCUAUAUUAUCCGCAUUUUACAACAUUUCGCAACGAAACUUUGGAAUAUUACUAAUUUUGUGAUGCUCUUUCAAGCUGUGAUGAAAUUUUUGUCUAGAUCAAAAUUUAGUCUAUAAUGCAAAUGGUCCAUUUCUCAAACUCACGGACUGCUAGGGUUUUCGUUCUUAGUCAAUUUUUGCCCAGCAAAUUAUUGAAUAUUUGACAAAGUUUCCCUAUAAAAUUGCUUUUCUCAAAUAUUAAGGGGUGUGUGACAUCCCCCCCCCCCAAGAGCCACUCGGAUAGCUUCUGACUAUAGCUGCAUCUUAUUUCUUCCAGAAUAUUGA